AUGCGCUCUGCUUUGGCUCUGGUGGCGUCUACCGCCUUCGUCCUCAGGGCCUUGGGCCUGAACAUUCUGAUCACCACAGACGACGGCUUCGGAAGUGCCAGUGUUCGUGAGCUGUACAAGGUACUGAACUCCCACGGCCACAACACUUUCAUCGUUGCGGCCCCAACUGGCCACAGCAAGGUCGACUUCCAAACCGGCUUCACCACCGAGCCUAAGCUUACUGUUGAUGGCGACUGGGGUUUGGUCAAGGCUGGAGAACCGUCUCUUGGUCACGAUCCUCACGACGACCACAUCUGGUACUACAAUGGCAGCACCGUGGCUCAGGUCAUCGUCGCCUUGGACUACAUUCUUCCCCAAUUUCACAAGGUCUCUCGUCCCGACUUAAUCAUCUCCGGUCCGAACAUCAACCGCGUGUCGCUCAAAUUCCCCUACACCACUGUGGGCAUCAUGGGGCCUGCGUAUGCUGCUCUCCAGCGCGGCGUUCCGGCUAUUGCUUUCUGGACAGAGCAUCACCCAGUCAUCCCGUACUCAUGGAUCCAAAACCGGACUAACACCGACUUUGUUGACCCGUGGACUGCCACCGCACGUAUGGCUGCUUCACUCGUUGAAAGUUUUAUUGAGAGAGCUGCUGGUGGUCCGGUCCUGCCUCAGGGUGUUGGUGUUGCUGUGGACCUCCCCGCUUCCUCUGAUAAUUGUAAAAAUCCCUCUUUCGUUCUCAUUAGGGGUUCCCAGGAUGUCCCCGUCGGCAAUGUUCAGUUCGAUGCCACGAUGGGGCUCUUCACGACAGGUCUUCCUGAACCAGUCUACACCAACGAGGACUUCGAUGUUGGUUUCGUUGGCAUCAAGGUGCCCAGGGGAGAAACGCCGGAAUGCGUCGCCAGGGUCGUCAUGUUUGCUGUCAAUUUCGAUGCAGCUACUGAUGAGAGAUGCUUGAAUGCUCCUCCGGUUCCCCUUGUUCAGCCCCCUCCAGUCGUGCCCAACGUUUCUGCCACUGGCAACCUUACCAUUCCCACUGCGACUCCAACCACCCCUGUGUCUCCUCCCCCAGCCACGGUGACAGCUAUGGCUGCAGGCAUGACUAUUCCCAGCCUCUUGCUUUUGGCAAGUCUGGUUCUGGCACUUUAG